AUGGAAGAGGACAAGGGCGGCCCCGCGACCGCCGGCGUUAGGGCUUCCUCCUCCUCCUCCCCCCCUCCUCCCGGCCCCACCACCCCCACCGCCUCCGGCCUCCUCGUCAACCCCCCAAAGCAGGCGUCACCGCCGCCCCCGGCGGCGGCCAGCCAGCGGCUGCGGUUCGCGGUGGAGCUGCGGCCCGGGGAGACCACCAUCGUCUCCUGGAAGAGGCUGCUCAGGGAUUCCGGCAAGGGGAGGAAUGCUUUCCCUCCGAGUGGGGCCGAACCGGCCUUCGGAACCCAUGCCGGACCGGCUACUGCGCCUGUGGAAAAUGAGCUAAAAGAUGCUGUACCACCUCCAAAUCGAUUUAGUGCGGUAAUUGAGAAGAUUGAACGCCUGUACAUGGGCAAACAUAGCAGUGAUGAGGAGGAUCUUGAUGAGGCUCCUGAUGAUGAUCAAUAUGACACUGAGGAUUCUUUCAUUGAUGAUGCUGAGUUGGAUGAAUAUUUUCAAGUUGACAAAUUGAGAACCAAAUACGAUGGAUAUUUUGUCAAUAAGGGGAAGUUAGAACAUGUUGAGCCUAUGGCAUCAUCUAAUGUGGCACCAAAGAAAAGGAGAAGAAAAGAUUCAACAAAAGUUCAUGGGAAAAGGGAUCAUCAACAUGGUCCCAAUGAAUCUGUAAAAAUGGGUAAUAUGCGAAUCAAGGCUGCUGCAAGGAAUGCACCGUUGGUGGGGAAGAAAUUAUCAAGCCCUGCUGAAGUUCUGGCUCUUCCAUAUUUUGAACAUUAUUAUGAGGAAAGCAAACCCGUAAAAAAUAAAUUAAAUGCCCCUGCGGGAUCCUACAGAAAAAGGUCUUCUGAUCUCACCGUGCAUUUGGAAAAUCCUCCAUCUGUAAAAGUACCAAACAAGGAUGUCCCAUCACUGCCCUUGGAAUCAAAGGAUUUUGAUAAACAUAAUGCUGGGGUGAUGCCACCUAAUGACCUUGCUCAUAAAUCAAGAGGAACAAGCAACUCUUUUGAUCCCAUGUAUCAGGCAACUCAGGACAAAGGUGUUUCUUCUCAGGUUGAAUUUCAAUCCAGGAGAUUGCUGAAUGGUGAGAAUGAAGAACUAUCAGUUAAAAUACGGCGCAAGGAGAAAUACGGAACUGCUGAAUUUCCUGACACGAAUUCUUCUGGGAGCAUCUAUCCUAUGCAAGCAGAGCAACCAACAUUCAGAAGGAUGAAAGAAGGCUCCACUGUUAGACCGAAAGGCACAACACUUGAACGAGCCAUUCGGGACUUGGAAAAGAUAGUUGCAGAGUCCAGACCACCAAGUAUUGAUGUUCAGGAAAUGGAUCCUUCAUCUCAAGGAGUUAAAAGGAGACUUCCUCAGGAAGUAAAACAGAAACUUGCUAAAGUUGCAAGAUUAUCGGCAAGCCAAGGUAAAGUUUCAGAAGAUGAUUUAAUUGAUCGUCUUAUGGGUAUUCUUGGUCACUUGGUGCAACGGAAAACAUUGAAGAGGAACAUGAAGGAGAUGGUUGAAUUAGGUCUUUCGGCAAAACAACAGAAGGCUGAUAGAUUCCAACAAAUUAAAAAAGAAGUCCAUGAAAUGAUCAGAGCACGUGUCUUGAACAUGAAAUCUAAGGAUGCUUCAGCUGAUGAUUUCCAGGAAGUUAUCAGUAAUGUUGAAAGAAGAGCUCUAAAAGGAAAAUAUAGCAUGGAUGCUGCACUAGAAGACAAGAUCUGUGAUCUCUAUGAUUUAUAUGUUGAGGGGAUGGAUGAAGAUAAGGGCCCUCAAAGCAGGAAGCUCUAUGUUGAGCUUGCAGAGUUGUGGCCCCAUGGUUAUAUGGAUAAUGUUGGAAUUAAAGAUGCUAUAUACAGAUCGAAGGAGCGAAAGAGGGGGUUAUACAGGCCACAUAAGGUUCGUGAUGAGGAGAGGAUCAAGAGGAAAAAGUUGGCUGCAGCAGUUAGGGUAGAGACUAAUCCAGCUGGUCAAGUAUGGGCUGGACAAGAGAGACCAGUUACUGAUUCUACUGGACCAGUUCUCAUUUCUCCGGACAAGUUAGUAUCCAAUCAACCGCCUGCUUUAUUAGGCAGAAUUACUGAUCCUAUUCCACCUUCAAGUGAUUCUGGACAGCAACAUGGACUGAAAAAUCCUGACAAGGCGAGAGGAGGUAGCAUGGGCAUGAUCCCUGAGGAUGGCAGCAAAGCUGUUGUUGAUAUGAAAAAAAGGAUGAAGAGAAAGUCAGAAUCGGAGUUAGGGGACAUCCAUGUUCAUCCGCUUAAGGUUCCUUUGCAGCAUGCCAAGGAAAGGCAAAAAUCCCAAAAGCUUACGGAUGACACAAAUGUUAGUCAGCAGCCUAAGCCAACCAUUCCACUACCUGGACUUCCAGAUUCUGACCAUGCAAGCUGAUUCUGAUUCAUCAUAGCAUUACAGAAUUACAUGUUAAUUAUGAGUUUAGUUGUUUUCUUUUGUUUCGCACCCAUGAUCAUCGAACAGAAAGAUGGUCUUCAUAUGCCCCUUCCUGCUGGUUCUUUUCUGAGCAUACCAUUUAAUGUAAUGCAGAUUGCCUUUCCAAUAUUAACAUGAGUAGAUCUAUGGCCAUCUCUAUUUUGCUUCCAA